AUGAGCAACCCCGAGAAGGUUCAAUGUGAUGAGGUUGAGCAGGACGUUUCAAACGUAAUGAACGUUCCCAGAGCCGAACAACUGAUAUGGGGCGAGCUUGGGGCGGUAUACGGAUCCUGGACUUCUGAGUACCGAGAUGAGAUCGAGACAAAACUCCUGAGAAAGAUCGACCUCCACAUCAUGUCCAUGCUUGUUAUCAUCUACAUCAUGAACUACAUGAACAGGACCUCCGUGACCCAAGCAAGGCUGUAUCGCAAGCGGGAACUUGGACUGCAGAUUGCGCUGCUGAUGUCGGGGCUUGUUACAGCACAUGCUUUCGCAGGUCUAGUGAGCGCCAGCAUCUUGAAAGGCAUGGACGGCACUACCAACCUUGAGGCGUGGAGGUGGCUCUUCAUCUUAGAAGGACUUUUUACCGUAGUUGUCGGCGUGGUUGCGCUCUUCGUGCUGCCUUACUAUCCGCACACGACGAGGUGGCUCUCCAAUGACGAAAAGGUCUGUGCUGUCUAUCAUCUUGAAGAAGGCGCAGGUCGAGCUGCACAAGAAGACGAAGCAGGCCAGGCUUCGAUCAAGCAAGGCUUUGGCCUCGCAGUCCGCGACUAUCGGGUAUGGCUCUAUGCCUGCAUGCAAAUGAUGGAAUUUCAGCUGAACCAAACACGCUCCACUGAUCUGGACAAUCUACUCGACCUGGCUUCCCAGAAGCUCGAGAUUGUGGGACGCCAGUUUCCUCGCAUGUUGGACUACCGACAGACGGUGCAGCUUUUACAACGCGUCGUGGCAGAUCGCGGUAUAUUGCCUCAACGCAAAAUUGAAGAUGAUGACAUGAGAGAAGUCACAUCACACGUCACGAUGAUAGGGCCUGACUACCUCCGACAUCUAGCUCAAGCGAUCAUUUUCUUCAUAUAA